AUGAGUAAUAUCUCGUGUCGUGGGUUUUCCAUCACCCGUUCAAUGGCCGGGGGACGGCUUGCCCCUAAGGGUAGCUUUGCCACGUGCUACCAAUGCCGCGAUUCGAAGCGAUUCCUCAACGUUUCGGAAUUCGGUGGCAUGAAAUUGCUUAAGGAGCGUGGAAUUCCCACGCCAAUGAACCUCCUUGCGCGCUCCCCGGUUGAGGCUGAAAGCAUCACGCGUGAAAUCCUGAGUAACACCAAAUGUGGCCAGGUCGUCAUGAAAGCGCAAGUACUUACGGGAGGAAGAGGAAAAGGGAAGUUCGUCGGCACUGAGAUAUCUGGCGUCGAGCUCGUGCAAUCUCCGGAUUUGGCCAAGGUCACCGCCGAAAAGAUGAUUGGCAACAUCCUUGUCACCAAACAAACAGGCAAAUCAGGGUUGAAGUGCAAAGAAGUCAUUGUUGCCGAGAAAUUGAACCUCGCUAAGGAGAGAUACAUCUCGUUUAUGCUCGACCGCAAGUCCAGUACCAUAAUGGCCAUCGCCACGAAACAUGGUGGCGGCAAUGUGGAGGAGGUUUCAGAGAAAGAUCCGUCAGCCGUUCUCACUAUAGGUAUCAACCCAUUGAAGGGCAUAUCCGACGUCGAAGUGGGCAAAAUAGCCGACCAUCUGGACUUCUCGGAAAGCCUCAAGGAAGAAACCAAAAAGGUUGUCAAAGGAUUGUAUGACACCUUCGUCAAAAAUGACGCUCUUUUGUUGGAAAUAAACCCAAUAUCGGAAACUAACGACCAGAAGUUGGUUGCCUGCGACUCAAAAAUCAUCAUAGACGACAAUGCGGAUUUCAGACAGAAGGACAUAUUUGCAUCCGUCGCGCCGCCAGAAAACGAACUAGAGGCACGCGCUUUAGAGGCCGGGUUGAACUACAUACCCCUUGGGGGCAACGUGGCCUGCAUUGUGAAUGGAGCGGGGCUAGCGAUGGCCACACUAGAUCUCCUGACACACCAUGGAGGUACGCCUGCUAACUUCCUAGACGUCGGAGGGAGCGCCACCAGCGAUAUGCUCGGACAAGCGCUAGAUAUCGUGGCAUCGGACUCUAAUGCGAAGGUGCUUUUGGUAAAUAUUGUAGGUGGAAUCGUUCACUGUGACAAAUUCGCAACCUCCUUCGUGGAAGCCACCAAAAAGUCAAAAAUGCAAAUACCUGUAGUCAUGCGUCUCCAGGGAACGAAAUCAGACGUGGCGAAGAAAAUUUUGCACGAGGCACAGAUACCACAUAUUUUUUGCUCAGAUUUUGAUUCGGCUGCAAAGUCGGCUGUAGAGAUUGCAAACGCGUCUUGA